AUGAUCGACUUUACAGUUAUAUCUGGCGCGAAAAACGAAGAUGCUCUAUGUUAUUUAUUAGAAAUAGAUAAUGAAGUGAAAAUACUACUUGACUGUGGUUGGAGCGAUGAAUUUAAUUUAGAAGAUUUGAAGCAUUUGAGAAGAGUUGCUAGACAAGUUGAUGCCUUGCUGCUUUCUCAUCCUGAUCUGCCUCAUCUAGGUGCCUAUCCAUAUGCAUUUGGCUACUUUGGUCUUCAUUGUCCCGUUUAUGCAACGGUUCCUGUCGUUAAUAUGGGUAGAAUGUGCAUGCAUGAUAUUUAUCAAUCAAAAGUUAACGAAACAGAGUUUGAUACUUUUGCAUUGGAUAAUAUUGAUUCAGCUUUUGAGAGAAUUAAUGGUAUAACAAUUACUGCCUAUUCUGCUGGACAUACUAUUGGCGGAACAAUCUGGAAGAUUAAAAAAGAUACUGAAGAGAUUGUGUAUGCAGUUGACUAUAAUCACAAGAAAGAAAGACAUCUAGAUGGAACUGUUUUGCAUAGCAAUGGUGUUGUUUUAGACGCAUUAAGUCGUCCUUCUUUAAUGAUAACCGAUGCUUACAAUUCACUUAUAAUCCAUCCACCAAGGAAAUCGCGUGAUACUGCAUUAUUUGGAUCAGUAUUAUUACCAACUGAUUCAUCAGCACGCGUAUUGGAGUUGGCUUAUCUUUUAGAUCAACAUUGGGCUUUUCAUCAGUUGUCAUAUCCACUUAUCUUGUUAACUCAUCAAAGUUACCGUACAAUCCAGUACACUAAAAGUAUGCUAGAAUGGAUGGGUGAUGCUAUCAAAAGACAUUUUGACACAAAAAGAGAAAACCCUUUUGAAUUUAGGUAUCUAAAAUUAUGUCAUAGAUAUAAAGAUCUUGCAAAAUAUCCGGGACCAAAAGUGGUACUUGCAAGUAAUGUUAGUUUAGAAACAGGGUUUUCCCGUGAAUUUUUAUUCGAAAUAUCAAAAUCAGAUAUAAAUGCUCUUAUUCUGACUGAUCGUGGACCACCAAAUUCUUUGGCAAGAAAGUUAUAUCAUGAAUGGGAUCGUAAAAGUCAAACAAGUCAAGGAGUUGUCAAACCAGCAGCUGCUUUGGAUUUAACUAUUAACCUGAUGAUUAAUAAAAAAGUUCCUUUAGAAGGUGCUGAGCUUUUAGAAUAUAAAGCAGAACAACGCAAGAAGCAGGAAAGAGAGGCAGCACAGGCAGCGCUUAUAGCCAAAUCUUUGUCAAUAAUUGAAGAAGAUGAGACAGAUGAUGAAGAGUCGGAAGCAGGAGAUACUGACAUGGAGGAAUUAUUAGCAAAACAAUUUGACCUUUAUGUGCGCGAUGCAACAAAAUAUGGAGGUUUUUUUAAACAAACACAAAGUUAUUUGAUGUAUCCAUUUGUUGAAAAAAGGAAAAGAUAUGAUGACUAUGGUGAGAUUAUUCCAUCUGAUAUGUUUAAAAGAGUUGGUGGAUCAAUUGGUACCGAGGGAAUUGGUAUUGAGCCAAUUGGUGAUAGAGAUGAUAUGGGUGGUGGGGAUAAAGAGGAGUUUGAUAAGGACAAUAAUAAUUCUUCUUUGGAUUCCAAUGUUCCAACCAAAUAUGUAUUGUAUGAUGAGGAUGUUACUUUCAAAUGUCAAAUACGAUUUAUAGAUUUGGAGGGAACUAAUGAUGGAAGGUCAUUGAAAACCAUAGUACCACAAGUACAACCUAGAAAAUUGAUUGUUGUACAUGCAUCACAAGAAGCCACGAAAGAUUUUGCUCAAAGCUGUUUAGCUCUGGAAUCAAUGACCAAAGACAUUUAUACUCCAGAUGUUGGAGAAACUUUGAAUGUUUCGGCUGCAAUAAAUUUUUAUCAAGUCAAAUUGACUGAUUCAUUAAUCAGUUCAUUGAAUUUUUCAAAGCUUGAGGAUUAUGAUAUAGCAUUCAUAACAGGAAAAAUUUCAUUUCCACAAGACUAUUCCCUCCCUAUAUUAGAUGCUAUACCAAUAGAAGAAAACACUAGUAAUAAUAAUCCCAUAUUUGUAGGUGAGGUGAAAUUAUCAGAAUUAAAACGUUUAUUACAAUCUGAAGGUAUCACAGCAGAAUUUAAAGGUGAAGGUGUGUUAGUUUGUAAUGAAAAAGUUGCCAUUAAAAAGACUUCAAAGGGUCAAUUAAUUCUUGAAGGUUCAUUAUCAGAAGAUUAUUAUAAAAUUAGAACCAUAAUAUAUGCACAACAUGCUUUAUUAUAA